AUGGAAGAUCGCAUAGAACUGGACACCUGGACAGGGAGAACGAACCAACAGUCCGAAGGGAUGGAUAAGUACGUUCGUGGUCACAAUCACAAUGGGUCUUCCGACCGGGAUGCAGAGGUUGAGAGCAGCAGCGUAAAUAAUGCAUCUUUGGUUGUCGAGCAAGUAGCAGGACAAAGCUUUGAGGCUUAUCCGGAUGGGGGUGCGGCCGCGUGGCUGCAAGUGCUCUACUGUUUCUGCAUUUUCUUCACCACUCUGGGUGGUAUCUAUGCCUGGGGCAUCUUUCAGGACGCUUUACAUGCAGCUCAACUCGCCCCUACCUCUACUCUCGCCUUCAUAGGGUCUACACAAGCCACGUUGGAGGCCCUAUGUGCAAUUCCCAUCUCGGCGUUAGUGACCAGAUAUGGUAAUAGGAAUGUUGCAAUAAUAGGAGCGAUUUUAUCAGGUGUAGGACCCAUCUUAGCGGGCUGGUGCACAAGAUCUGUUGCGGGACUUCUAGUCACAGAGGGGUUCCUAUUCGGUUUUGGUCAGGCUUUAUGCUUUUUCUGUGCUGCAACCCUGCCAUCGAGCUACUUUUCUCGCAGGAGGAAUCUCGCUACAGGACUUGUGUACGCCGGGAGUGGAGUGGGCGGUGCGGCUCUUUCUCUAUCAGCAGACGGUCUGAUCAAGACUGUUGGACUUGCGUGGGCAUUUCGCAUCUUGGGAAUCAUCUUUCUGGCCAUCAAUCUGCCCUGUGCAUUUCUGCUGAAACCCCGAGUGAUCGUUUCACCAAUCAACCCCAUGACGAGAAAGAACGGAAUGACAUGGCGACGGCUUAUAGAUGUUAACUUGUUGAAAGAUUUCCGAUUUGUGCUUGUGCUGUUAGGGAGCGCGGUAGCUUUAUUUCCCUUGUUCAUUCCCCCAUUCUUCCUGCCCCUGUUUGCGACAUCCAUCGGGCUCAACUCUGGGGCCGCUUCGUUACUGCUCGCUGGCUUCAACCUAGCUUCUGCAACCGGUAGAAUUGGAUGGGGGUUCAUGGCAGAUAGAUGGUUUGGGUCGUUGAAUGCGUUGCUCUUGUGCCUUGCUGCGAAUGCGACAUCUACGUUAGUGAUUUGGCCAAUCGCUGGACGCGUGGAACCUCUAGCUGUGUUUGCUGUCAUCAAUGGGUUUUGCGCAGGAGGUUUCUUCUCACUUAUCCCUGGAGUAGUCUCAUCGCUCUUCAGUGAUAACGACCUGCCUGUGGCUUUCAGCAUGAUUGUGUCUUUAUGGGCGCCAGGCUACUUCUUAGGCGCGCCCAUCGCCGGGUAUCUGUUGCAAGCGUUCGGAGGACCAGAUUCUGGAUAUGAAGCUUUCAGACCUGCUAUCUUUUAUGCUGGAGGUUUGGGCUUGUUCAGCGCACUGAUGGUGUUCGGUGUGAGAAUGAAGGAAGGGGGCAGUUGGCGGCGAAGGGUAUAG